UGCAGAGACAUGGCUCCUUACUCAACAAACUACUCCUCUGUUCACCACAUCAGGAUCUCUGAGAAGGAUAACAUUAAAAUGAGGAAACCCAUUGUGGAGAAAAUGCGCAGGGAUCGCAUCAACAGCUGCAUUGAGCAGCUGAAAGUCAUUCUGGAGAAGGAGUUUCACAAGCAAGAGCCCAACUCCAAGCUAGAGAAGGCUGACAUCUUGGAGAUGACUGUGAGCUUCCUGAGGCAGCAGCUGCAGACAGGCCUCUGUCAGAGCGACUACAACCAGGCCUACUCUCAGUGUUGGAGGGACCCUGUGCACUUCCUUUCAGCUGGCUCAGAGGCUUCUCUCGCCCCUCUGCAGGGACUCCAGCAGCAGCAAGACCAGAAACUCCUUCAAGCCCAGACAGCCAGCAGCUCCUCCCCAGUCUGCUUCACACUCAGGCCCACCACAGUGCAGGACAGCGGGAGCAGAGGCCCCGUGUGGAGGCCUUGGUAGAGGCAGAGACUGAGACAUGAGGGGUGCUGAACUCUCCCUCACUAUGUAGGAAAUAUAUUUUUCCAGCCUGCUCAUUCCUGAUGGGUUUCCUUAGCGUCUCAUCACAUUGAUGGACAAGUAAAAGCACCGGCUGUCACGUAGCUGAAGAUCCCGCUGUGACUCUUAAUACGUACUUUCCCUUUGCG